UUCGUGAUUAUUGUAACUGAAAACAAGUAAUACUAUAAACAAGAAUGAAAGGACUGUAUGCGACAAUUUUUUCAAAAGUUAGUGAUCUUUGAAGUUACAUACGUGACGGAGGACUGGGUGAGGUCUUUCGAAUUAUAUCUCGCUGUACUCGGUUGGAAUUAAAAAGCUUGAGGAGGCUAUAGACACUAUAGGCCAAGAUAGUAACGAUGACGCCAAUUGAUAAUGAGCCAUUACAUAAUCGCAAAACGUUCCCGUAAUAAAUAGCGUGCAAUAGCUUCCGUUUGGCAAAUUAAAUAACUCAUUCGCGCUGAUGUUCGCAACGAUUGCAGUUUAGUUGCUCGGUAUUAUGGAAGAGAGCUUUCAGUGCAAUUACGAGCAACGCGCGAUCGCUUCUUUCGUGUUGCUCAAAUUAACAACAAAAGAGUUUGAAACAAAUGAAGAGUUACGUUUUUAUAAAAUUGGUGCGAUUGAUGAAUUUUGUAUGUACGGAAUUUCCAGUAACCAACUCGAGACGAAACCGAUAUAUAACAAACAUUGCUGUGGAAAAAAAUUAAUGAUUCCCGAAAAACCGCGUGUUCUGAAUAAGCUAUUAUUGACAAUGAAUUCCGAGCAAAAUACUGAACGGAGUGACUACCUUACUUUCAUACAUUUCAUCAAGCACCUGCAACAACCUGUGUGCUUGGUUUCACAUCGUGGAAAGGAUUUAUGCUUUCCGAUUAUCAAACACAAACUGGAUAAGUUUAAAUUGGAAAUGCCACCCAAUACUCUAUGCUUGGACUCUACUUUUGCUUUUCGUGGUUUAGAUGAACAGAUGAGGGUCGAGCCUGCAAAAGUGGAAAACGAGAUUAAUGCUGAUACUCGUAGCAACAACAACAACAUCACCAACGCUGAUAACCGACAAGAUACUCAACUAUUGAUGACAGUACCAACACUCGCAGAACAACUUGAUGCUGAAACAAAAACCGACUGGAGCGCACAUAACGAAACCACACCUCAGCGACCAAUAGUUACGGGCGUCAAACGUCGUAUUUCGAACGAUUCAACGCCCACAACAUCUGAAACCGCUUUGCAAAAAGUUCGUCGAAGACUAUUUACGAACGAAUUAGAGGCCAACAAGUAUGAUGUAACAAAUAUGUAUGAAAGGUUGUUUUACACUUCAUAUAGAAGAAAGCCUUAUACUGAAUCACAUGUGAAAGCUCUAAUGCAUUUAAUCCAAUUAUAUGGGGAAAGUUUUAUUGAAUAUGCAAAAAAUUAUGCUACUCCUUUUGCUGAAAUACAGGAACCGUAACUAUAGGUGAUUAAUUAUAGGAUCCCGCAGGACCUGAGUUCGAUUCCAGUUUAAAACAAUUAGUUUUAGGAAAUGACGAAGCUCUGAAAGUAUUAUAUUUCGGCUACUCACAAAUCUUCUAAAUACAACGGUUGAUGGACCAAAUGUGUAAAAAAAUUAAACGGUUAGUCAGAGCUUCUAGAUGCCUAAUACACUUGUAGUAUAAAUUUAUGACCCAAUAAUUUUUAUAUUUGAAACAAAAAUAAAGUUACCGAACAAGGUUGUACUGAUAAGAGCUAUAUAAAUGUGUCACCGCUAAAUGAUUUUGAACGAGUUUCAAUUGUAAAAUCAUAAAUUUUUACUCUUGUAAAAAAAAUUGUUGUUGGAUUACAUACAAAAAUGUGUUUACGCAUUACAACUCUCACCGCUAUGUUAUCGAUUCGUUAUUACUUAUAACUUUAUGAGACUGAUUUUCCGAUAUAUGUAUGUUUGUAUGUAUGCGCGUUAAAUUAUCUAAUAAAUACUUCUGAACAGUUUGGCGAAACAAAAAU